UUUGAAGACUUGGCCACUGCCUUGUGGCUCCCAGCAGCCACUGCGUUCUCUCUCCUACUGGGGUAUGCGAUCAUGGCGGAUGUGCUUCGGCAGCAGGUCCAGGAGGAUAAACCCGAUCAGGAGAUAGUCCUGAACGGGGACGUGGAACUCGAGGGGAAAGAAGAGGCAGACCCCGCCGAAGAGACGGCCAAGAAGAAAAAGAAAAAAAAGAAGAAGAACAAAGCGGCGGGCUCCGCGGGGAACGAUGAUGCGGAGGGCGAUGGCAACGCCGGGGGCGUGGGUGAUGUGACCAGGCAACUGGAGAAGCAAGCCCUGGAGGACAAGGAGAAGGAGGAAGAGGGAGAGGAAGAUGGAGAGGAAGGAGAGAACUCCGCCGGGAAGAAAAAGAAGAAGAAGAAAAAGAAGAAAGGACCCAAGGUGCAAUCCGACCCUCCGUCUAUUCCCAUCUGCGAUCUCUAUCCCAGCGCAGUCUUCCCAAAGGGCCAGGAGUGCGAGUAUCCUGCCAUACAGGACGGGAGGAGCGCUGCCUGGCGCACCACCAGCGAGGAGAAGCGCGUCCUGGACAAGGCCAACGAGGAGGUGUGGAACGACUUCCGGCAGGCUGCCGAGGCCCACAGACAGGUCCGCAAAUACGUCACCAGCUGGCUGAAGCCUGGGAUGACCAUGAUCGAGAUCUGUGAGAAGCUGGAGGACUGCUCCAGGAAGCUGAUCAAAGAGAGCGGUCUGAACGCGGGCCUGGCCUUCCCCACAGGCUGCUCCCUGAACAACUGCGCUGCUCACUACACCCCCAACGCUGGGGACCCCACCGUGCUGCAGUACGACGACGUCUGCAAGAUCGACUUCGGCACGCACAUCAACGGUCGAAUCAUUGACUGUGCCUUCACUGUCACCUUCAAUCCAAAGUACGAUAAGCUGCUGGAAGCUGUGAAAGAUGCCACUAAUACUGGAAUCAAGUGCGCGGGAAUUGACGUCCGCUUGUGCGACAUCGGAGAAUCGAUUCAGGAAGUGAUGGAGUCCUACGAGGUUGAAAUCGACGGGAAGACAUACCAAGUGAAGCCAAUCCGAAAUUUAAACGGCCACUCCAUCGGGCAGUACAGGAUACACGCGGGCAAGACAGUCCCGAUUGUCAAGGGCGGAGAGGCUACGAGAAUGGAGGAAGGAGAGGUGUACGCCAUCGAGACUUUCGGCAGCACGGGGAAGGGUGUGGUUCACGAUGACAUGGAGUGCUCACACUACAUGAAGAACUUUGACGUCGGACACGUACCAAUCAGACUCCCGAGGGCCAAGCACCUGCUGAACGUGGUGAACGAGAACUUCGGCACGCUGGCCUUCUGCCGGCGCUGGCUGGACCGCCUCGGCGAGAGCAAGUACCUGAUGGCCCUGAAGAACCUGUGCGACCUGGGCAUCGUGGACCCCUACCCCCCGCUGUGCGACUCCAAGGGCUGCUACACCGCCCAGUUCGAGCACACCAUCCUGCUGAGGCCUUGCUGCAAGGAGGUGGUCAGCCGAGGGGAGGACUACUGAGUCACGCCCGAAAAACCCCCCCUCCCGACCCCCCGACCCAAGCCCCGUAUACACAGGCACGCAAAACACUCAAAAUGUAAAGGCUUAAAAGUUAUCGGCAGAACUCGCUUCCUUCACGUUUCUCGCUUUUGGCAGAAAGCAGCAGCUGCGGCAGUGUUAUGGCUAUGGCUGCUCCGCCAUUAAAAACCCGUUUCAUAAAAAUACAAAUCUGCAAAGACCAGUGUCCAAGGUAGAGCUGGGGGGCGGGGGGCUUGAUGACAUCACAGCAGGUGCCAUGUUUUGUUUUCGGUUUUUUUUGCUUUGUUUUUUUUUUCCUGCUGAAAGGAACAGGAAAUAACGAUGAUUUCAAGAGUUUUUGUCAGUUUUUUAAUAUUCUGUCUUGCAUUUAGGGAAAAUGAUGCAAAAAAAAAAACCUCCCGUAAAAGGAGGCUGUAACUCUACAACCUCCUGUGUAUUAAGGCUGUAAGUUGAGCUUUAGACUGCAACAGGGAGAGUACUUUGCAAAUAAAUAAACAAAUAAAUGCCCUCUGCUCCUACAGUAUUUAUAUUUCGUUGAUAUUUCAGAAAUAUCUCUGAAAUGGCUGCCUCUUCUCUUAAACGCCCCGAUGUUGUAUUUCACUUGGAACUCCCUGAAAUGGUUUUGUAUGUAAAAGGAAGAAGAAAAAAAAAGAACCUUAAAUAAC